CGGGUCACCAGGCAUCAGGUCAUUUGGCUCGACCGCGGGCACCGCGUCAUCUGGCAAGGCAGUGGGCUCCGAGUCAACUGGUAUGACCGCGGGCACUGGGUCAGACAUUGGAUCGUCGUGACUGACUGGACAGCGGGCAUCGGGUCACCAGGCAUCAAGUCAUUUGGCUCGACAGCGAGCACCACGUCAUCUGGCAAGGCAGUGGGCUCCGAGUCAACUGGCAUGACCGCGGGCACCGGGGCAGACAUUGAAUCGUCUGGCUGGACAGCGGGCAUCGGGUCACCAGGCAUCAGGUCAUUUGGCUCGACAGCGGGCACCGCGUCAUCUGGCAAGGCAGUGGUCUCCGAGUCAACAGGCACGACAGUGGGCACCGGGUCAUCAGGUACCGGAUUGUCUGGCUCGACAGCGGGCAUCGGGUCAUCAGGCAUCAGGUCAUUUGGCUUGCCAGCGGGCACCGCGUCAUCUGGCAAGGGCAGUGGGCACCGAGUCACCAGG